CCUCCCUUCAAACCUUACUUUUCCUUCCGUCGGACGCAAGGCAAAGUUUUUCUCAUUACUUUCGUACCACAAAAAAUAAAUCUUACAAGGAUGAAAUCAAACGCAAACUUUGAUUUUACGCGCUGGGAAGUGCAUGAGACCGAGACAGAUUGUAAUCUGAUCUUUCGUUCAACCUUAGGACAGGUGUUCUAUUGUCAUAUUAACCCCGACAAAUUCAUUGAUUCUCCUACUGUUCUUGGACAAUAUCUCAAAUGUCUCCAGAUUCUGCGAACUGGUGAACAGGAGAUCGAUGAUUUUUAUGACGAAGAUGCCUACGACUGGCUGUCUCAAUCCUUUGCGCCGUUGAUCACUCAGCUGGUACAGUCUUCGGGCAUGGACGCUGUUGUGAAUCCGACCUUGGCGCAUUAUCUAUUUCCUUCCAAAACAUACAACAUUCAACUUCUUGCUGUGGAUGAUGAGUUGAAGCCUGAAGUAGUCGACUUCGAAGGGCACGGUUGGAUUAAUUCCAUUAUCGAGGUAGAUGAUGACUUCCUACGCGAACUUGAUCAGUGGACUCGAUCUUAUGCACCGUCCAACGUGCAGUUAUGCUACGAUCGCCCCGAAGACAGUCUUAUUAAGACACCCAAACGAACGAUUAUAUUCAAUCAAAAGGGACAGCCAGUCACCUGUUUUUUCAAACAAUUCGGCUUGUCAUUUGGUUCAUCGCAUGCAAAAAAGGAGCUUGAGGCAAUGAAGAAGAUUACUCUGGCCCUGUUUCCCCCCCACCCAACACAUUUAUCUGUCGACUGGUUGGUGUAGUGUGGGAAAACAACAAGCUACUAGGGAUGUUGUUUGCCUGGAUAGAUGCGGAGUGCGUAUUAUCGAAGGCCAGAGCAGCGAAAAGCCCAGGUACCUUGAGGGAACGCUGGCUAUCGCAAAUUAAUAGAUCAGUCCACUGGUUGCACGAAGAAGGAAUUGUCUGGGGCGAUGCUAAGUCAGAUAAUGUUCUCAUAGAUAAGGACGAAAAUGCGUGGAUUAUUGAUUUCGGUGGUAGUUACACCCCGGGCUGGGUUGAUGAAGACAAAGCCGAAACUCUCGAGGGCGACUAUCAAGGUGUGAGCAAAAUCAAUGAGAUGUUGCGUC